UGCAGUCCGCGCUCGAGGCGCACGUUCGCCUUACUCAGCUGUUAUUAAUUAUUUAACAAUAAAUACAUGGACAAAAUAAUCGACAUAUUAUUUAUUUACUUUAAAAGUAAAUCAAAUGUUAUUUUAAUAUCAGUAUGAAACUGGGUGUACCGCGUAGUAAAGCUUACGGUUUAAAACCAGGGCUCAUUGCGCGUAAAUUAUUCAUUGUCUGACAGCGUCUGUUACUCUUAUUUUUUAUCUUGUUAUUAACGUGCUGUUAAACUUUUUUUUUAUUGUUAUUAUUCUCAUACAUUUCACUACGCCAUCGUGUCUUACUCUAUCAAAAUUAUCAACUCGUUAUCAAAAGUUAUUAAAAAUAACCCGUUUUUUAAAUCCCGCUGCUAAGAAAAAAAAAAACAAGAAGUGGCCACGAGGAUUAACGAGUGACAGGAAAUGCAGACUGAGUUGAUGUACCGAAAACCAAUGAUUACAACACGAGGAAUGUCUACAUUAAAUCACAACAUGAGUGUCCAUCGUCUCAAGAGAGAUUCUAAAGAUUCACGUGAAACAAUUCACUCUGGACAUUUUAUGGUUUCGGACUUUGAAGCUGAAGCUCAGGAUGAUGAAGAUGAACUCGCUGUACCUGUACCUGAAGAAGAGGCUGUGAGAAAUACUAUUAUAGCACCUGUUGGUCUCGCGUUAGGUAAAUCUAUUGCCAACUCAUUGAUGGAUAAAACUUCACAACAGCUGAGCAUUGAGACUUCUUUGAAUAAAUUAUUCCAGUGCAUGUCGUUAGCUUACAGACAGAAGUUAACAUCACCCAAGUGGAAUCGUUUCAAAGGAAUACGUCUGAGAUGGAAAGACAAGAUAAGAUUGAACAACGUAAUCUGGAGAUGUUGGCAUAUGCAGUUUAUAUUGAAGCAAAAUACUUUGGUGUGUCAAUUUGCAUCACCUCUGGAUGUUGAUACUCAUAAUAAACCUGAAGCUGUGGUGCUUGAAGGCAAAUAUUGGAAGCGAAAACUUGCUGCUGUUACUGCUGAGUACAAAAAAUGGCGAAUGUUUUACCGAAACAAAAUAUUGGGAUGGACCAACAAGGAUGGCAUGUUGGAAUCAAUGGAUAUGUUAGAUUGGGACACCGGUGUAAUGAAUUCAUCGUCUUGUUUUCCUGGGAGUAUGAUGAACUCUCAUGGAAAUGCAAGUGGUAUGCAAGGCCCGGAUAGUAUGAUGGUCGAUGAAGAUUACAUGGAAUUAAUGACAGACACUUUAUUCUCAACGAUAAGUUCUAACCAGCCCAUAUAUUUUCCUGAUCCCCGUGAAAUCGCCAGAGGUGCAAGUCUAGCGGACUUCAUCCAACCAAGUCUCGGCCCACUCCAGCCCAACCUCGAUGACUUCAUGGAUACUCUGGAGCCUCUGCAAGAAUUUUUAAAUUCAAAACUCCCGCCAGUUCCCGAGGAGGAAGAUAUAUUUCGCAGUGGGACACUCAACAGCAAUUACUCCGACUUAGAUUUAAUGGCAUCUAUGAAUCAAGUCAAUCAAUUAUCUGAAGCAUCAAAUGACGUGUCAGUUCAACAGCAAUCACUACGUCAAGACCAAAAUGACAUGCAAGCUCUCCAGUACACAGCUAAAAUUUAUACUCAGCCACAAGACUCUUAUCGCAACAACAUGAUUGACACUUACACACCGCGUCAAUCAUACGAAAAUCAAAUUAAAGAAAAAACACCACGUGGUAGAUCAGUGAAUCGCAACCGCGUUAUCCAGCAGCCCCAAGCAUUCAAUCAAAAUCCUCAAGUUAUUUAUCAACCCCAAUCCCGCGGUUACAAUUCAGACCUGCAGCCCCUGCACCUCAAUACCAGCAACCAAGUACCCAUGAAUUUGAAUUCAAAUCAAAUGACAAUUGACAACGUCAAUCUCGUAACUAAUUUCUCUCUCUCCCAAGAUUCCCAGCCGCAACAACGAGUGUUACGUCCAUUGCCACAAAUGUCCGACCCCUUCAAACUAGUGCCUCAACAAAAUUAUAAAUUACCCACCGCCACAUCUCUACCAUCAUCGUCAUCAUCUUCAUCUUCGUCAUCCUCAACAUCAACGUCAUCUUUAUCAUCGUCCCAGUCAUACAAUCAGUACAAAUAUAAACUAAAUAAUACAAAAGUAGCACAACCAGUAACAGUUACCGUGUCAUCAUCAAAUCCAUCGCAGUCGCACAUUUUACUUCAGUGUAAGCCAUCAGGAUUAGACUUGUCCACAUCAAUACAGCAAACUAAAAUCGUACCACGUCCAUCCAGCAGUACGUCGUCUGUAAAUACAGAAAAAGAAGACAUAUUUGCGGUACCUAAAUAUCAAAUGAAAGCGCGAAGUCGUUCGCGCAGUAGCUCAGCGUUAUCAGUAACGCGGAAUCAUCCAGCGCCUUUAGUAUCAGCAGUAAGUGAUCCAGCGUUGAAUUUAAAUAAUAAUGUCCUUCUUGCCCACUUGUUGACUAAUAAUACAACUGGAUUGUAUACUGUGACAAGUGGCCCGGAAAAAAUAAUUACGACUGUCGCAAAUCAGCAGACUAUGAGCAGUAAUUCGGGUAUCAAAAAUAUACUUCCGGUUAAUAUGCUACCGAGUAAUGCUGGGCAAGUUGGUAGCACGAGUGUAAGUCAUCUGACAAAUCAUGUGGGUGUUGGUGGUGUGCAAACGUUGAGUUCAAAUCCUGGACAGUCGACGAUACAGCGUGUAAAUUCAACAGUUAUGCUAACAAACCAAAGUCCGAGUCCGAGUCAUCAGCAAGUUCAAGUGCCGAGUCAUCAGCAGAAUAGUCCAGGUUCCCCUAAUGACUCUAGUGCGCACAGUCCUCAAGCACUGAGUAUAAGUCCUCUUCACAGUCCUAUGAGCAUCGGGAGCCCGCUGUCACCGUCGAGGAUUUACGUCAAAGGUGAAUCUAGCGAACGCGGAACGUACAAAGAGUCGCGACGAGUUGGACACAUUCAUGCUGAACAAAAACGUAGAUAUAAUAUUAAAACUGGGUUUGAUACGCUGCAUAGUUUGAUACCGCAACUGAAUCAGAAUCCUAAUGCCAAAUUAAGCAAGGCCGCGAUGCUGCAAAAGGGUGCGGAGUACAUCAGGCAGUUAAGGACUGAGAGAAAUCAAUUGAAAGAAGAAAUGGAUAAUUUGAGAAAGGAAAUUGAUGCACUUAACACUUCUAUAAGUAAUAGUCAGUCGCAGUUACCAGCCACGGGUGCACCUGUAUCCCGACAAAGGACUAAUAAAAUGAGGGAAAUGUAUGAUGAUUAUGUACGCAAGCGUACGCAAGAAAAUUGGAAAUUUUGGAUCUUCAGCAAGUUGUUGGAGCCUUUGUUGAUAUCGUUUAAUGGCUCCGUUUCAACCUCGAGUAUAAGUGAUCUCUGUAGAAGUACGGUCAUGUGGGCUGACCAAUACUGCGCACUUGUAGAUCUUAGACCAGCUGUAUUAAAUUCAUUGAGGUAUCUCUGUACUGCAACAGACAUACUUUCAGAUCCUGAACGAUUACCUGAAGAAGCUCUGGCAGCUGUUAAUCGUACAGAUAAACAAAAAUCAACGCAGUAAUAAACAUGACUGUCAUGUUUAUUAAUAAUAAUUAAUACUAAAUAAAUAUUAUUGUUUUAUUUUAUUUUAUUUUUUUUUUAUGUUUAAUAGAAAGUUCUAAGACCGUUAAUCUGAAGCUAAAAAAAGUUAUGGCACAAAUUUAUUGUUGAAAAAAACCUGUGCAAUUUUACGUUCUUAUUUGUUACGUCACAAUUAUAAAAUAACACUGACAUAAUUAAUAUUUCUAACGUGUAAAACGUUAAUUGAGAAGUUUUUAAAUUGAAAAUUUAUAAUUUUAUUUUGUUUAAUUUCCUCUAUAAAUUUUAUUUUUAAACUUCUCAAUAGUCAAUUAAAGUUAAUUAAUGUUGUUGUUUUUGUUCUUUUUUUUAUGUAAAGGUACAAAUUAUAAUCAAAAGUAUGGAAUGAUAAAUAAUUGAUAAAUUGUAUUUUUCUGGCCAUUACUUGCCGACUAUAGGCUUCUUUAUUUUUUAAAAUUAUGGCAAUUAUUUAAAAUUCCAUACUUUGAACAAAAAAAAAAUAAAUAUAUAUAUAAAUAAAGUAAAAGACCCAAUUAUUGGCACUUAUUUUUAUUAUUUACUUCUUUUUUCAUACUUUUAUUAAAUAUUUUGAAUAUUUAUAUAAAAAAUGGACUUUUAAUUUAUAAUACAAAAAAUUGGACAAAAAAAAAUUUAUUUUACGUCCAUAGAGAUUACGAUAUGCUAAUAAUUAAUUAUCUAAAAUACUCCUCUAUAUUUAAUUAAAAAUUUUAAUUAUUAAUUAAAAUAAUGAACUUAAAAAAAAAAAAAAAACAACAGGAAUCGGGAUCUCAACAAUUAACAUCAAAAUUUUUAAAGAUAUUUUUGUAUGUAAAAUUUUUAUCUAAACCCCAAUUAAAUUUAUUUAUUAAUGAGAAGUAAAAAUAUAUCUUAUUAGAGUCGAUAAUUGGAACCUUUACUUUACAGAUACUUAUGUAAAUUAUAAAAUUUAUCUAUUAUUAUUAUUAAUAUUAAAAAAAAAUGUACCUAUAAGAUAAAAAAAAAAAGUUAUAAAUAUUUUUUAUACCAAUCGGCACUUAACGUUUUAAAAAAACGUCGAAAAAUAUAAUACUUAUUUAAAAGUAAUUCUAUUAUUACGAAAAAAAAUUUAUAGACUUGUAAAAAAUAACAAGCGGAUGUUAAAAAAAAUUUUGCUAUCAAAUUUACAUUAAUUAAAAAUUGUAAAAACUAAACAAAAAAUAUAAACAAAUUAAUAAACAGUUUGUUAUUAAAAUGAUGCAUAAAUUAAUAAAAUUGACAUUAUUUUA